CAACCUCAGUUCUACCACACAAUUUGAACCCCCCCGCCCUGCUUUCCUUAUUUAAUUCCCCUGCCUUUAGAACCAUGAGCACUGUUUAUAACACUUGUCUUGUUUAAUUGGCAGUGAAAUUUGUUUUUGAAGUAUGGUGCUCAUGCAUGUCAGCUUACUUAGGGCUUUAUGAUAGAAGAAGAAGAAGAAGAAGAAGAAGAAGGUUGAGGGUAUCAUUUGGUCUCUCCUCCUGCCUUAAGAAGGCCUUCUGGUCUGCAGUUUGCUGGCUCCCUGCUGCCACUGCAUCUAUGCAGUUUUCAGCUAAAGAGGACGAAUAUAUAUAUAUAUAUAUAUAUAUAUAUAUAUAUAUAUACUUAUAAACCACAUUCUGGAGUAGUAAUUGAAAUAUUUUAGGCUCCUGAAUUGAUUUGGGUGCCUUCAUUUUGAUUUAAUGGAGGGGCACUUGUGGGGUGAAAAAGACAGUGGUGUCCUUAUAGUUUGCCAAUUCUGUCAAUCCAAGAAAGGGUAAUUCUGACCCUAGAGGCCCAUUAUAUUAGCAGUCUUUCCUGUGUCAAUAAGUUGUAUGGUAAGCUGGCCUUUCUUAGGUAUUUGUGUGUGUGUUUGUCCCUGUAAAAAAACAAAGCCCAUUUUAACAUUCUUUUACGAGACCCCACGAGUGGGCUUCUGCUACUUUUCUCAGGUCCCCCAUCUGCUUCCACCAUCUUAACCUACGCACCUCUCUCUCUCUCUCUCUCUGAGCAAAUUAAGACAACAGUCAAUAGAAAGCAAAGCAAAGCAAAGCAACCCCACAAACUACAAGUCAUAGUAAGGUCCAAGCUUGCCUGCAAUAUAGUUUGGGGUUUUCUCUCUCUUCCCUCUCUCUCUCUCUCUCUCUCUCUCUCUCUCUCUAACUUUCUCUCUCUAGGAAGGGGGUGGAGGAGGGGUGAGAUAGAAGAGAAGAUGGGGUUGAUCAUCAACCAGAGAUUGAAAAAGGGCACAGCCCAGUAUCAGCUUUGAACCCCAAGAAAAAAAAAUUAGGAAAAAAAAAAAAAAAGACAAAUCCAAUCCAAUCCCCCACUAAACCCCACAGACAUGGAACUAACAGAUUUGCAGAGUAAUAAGCAAAACUCCAACAACACUUCACAACCCCACCACCACCACCACCACCACCACCACCACCAACCUUCCCUCCACCACCACCAUCUCCACCACGCCCAGAGUACUCAGCAGUCUUCCUCUUCGCAGCUCUCCAUCCCCUUCGAUGGCCGAUCUGCACCAUCCCAACCCCCGUUCAUGCCCUCCAUCUCCUCAUCUUCCUCCACCUCUUCCCCCACCACCGCUUCUACUCCCUCCGCCGCCCCCCCGCCGCAACUGGUGGACGCCUCCCUUGCCAUCGCCACCAGAUCCGAAACUCACCCUUCCUCCCGCUCCUCCCCUCUCCUCGAUCCCUCCAAGAAAAACCAGCAGCAGCUCACUAUCGCCACCACCCCGCCGUCAGCGCUGCAAACGACGAAGCGAUCCACCAAAGACCGCCACACAAAGGUCGACGGCCGCGGCCGCCGCAUCCGAAUGCCGGCGACCUGCGCCGCACGAGUCUUCCAAUUGACCAGAGAAUUAGGUCACAAAUCCGACGGCGAGACAAUUGAGUGGCUCCUCCAGCAAGCUGAGCCGGCGAUCAUCGCCGCCACCGGCACGGGCACGAUCCCAGCUAACUUCUCCACCCUCAACGUCUCUCUUCGAAGCAGUGGCUCCACUCUGUCAGCUCCACCGUCAAAAUCAGCACCGCAUUCCUUCCACAACGCCUUGGCCCUGGCUCAGGCGCACCACACUCACUACGAAGAAGGCUUCCCUCAUUCCUCUAUGCUGGGGUUCCACCACCAACACCAUCAGCCUCAUCUCCUCACUGCAGAUCAGAUUGCCGAAGCACUUCCCAGCAGUGGCGGCGGCGGUGGCAGCGAGCCUGGGGGCGGAGAUUCCGCCACCGAUGGUUUCAUGAGGAAGCGGUUCAGAGAAGAUUUGUUCAAGGAAGAAUCUCAGUCGCCGGGAGAAGGCGGUCCGGGCAGUAGCGCAGCGUCUCCUUCCGCGAACAAGGCAUUUAAAAGCGCAAUCCCAAUGCCGAAACAGCAACAAGAAUCAAGCCCUUCAGGUCAGAGUGCAAGCUUACUUCGGACAUCGAACAUGGUGCCCGCCACUGCCAUGUGGGCGGUGGCGCCCGCCCCCACCAGUGGGGCCGCAGCUGGCAGCGCGUUCUGGAUGCUGCCGGUAACGGGUGGGGCUGCGGAUGGCCAUCCUACGGUGGCCUCCGGCGCUUCCGGGACGGGUCCAUCUUCUGAAACUCAGAUGUGGACCUUCCCCACGGCACCCAGCGCAAGCGGCAAUACCCUCCAAGCACCCUUGCAUUUCAUGCCGAGAGUCAAUUUUCCGAGCAGUUUGGAAUUUCAGGGCAGCCGUGCCAGCGCCCUGCAGUUGGGUUCCAUGCUGUUGCAGCAGCAGCCGUCGCAGCAUCUCGGAUUAGGCGUCUCGGACACCAAUUUGGGGAUGUUGGCAGCCCUCAAUGCUUAUUCAAGGGGCGGAAUGAAUGUGAACACGGAGCAAAACCAUCCAUUGCAGAAUCAGCAACAGCAGCAGCAGCCUCAAGCAGCCGAUAGCGGGGAAGAAAACCCGAAUAGUUCUCAAUGAUAAUUUGGAAUUUGAGUUUGUGAUGACGAGUGGAGUGGUUGAUAAUGUUACGACAGGGAUGAUGAUGAUGAUGAUCAUCUCAGAAAAGAAGAGAGAGGUUCCAGACUCCGUUUAGUUUUGUUUGUGAAUUUGUUUUUCUUUGUUGUCUUGGUUUUAUAUAUUGGUUUUUCUUUUGGUUUUUGGAAUUUUCCUAGAACAUGAAGGUGAGGGGUUUUAUGUAGUUUGGUCCAAAGGGACGAAUGAGAGAGAGGGAAAGAUUGUAUAGAAGGAGAAUUUGUUUGCAUGUAUUUGUAAUUAUAGGAUUGCUAUUUGCUUUGUUUGUGUAAGUAAAAUGGAAAACAAGCCCAAAAAAUAAAGGAAAAUUAAAUAAUUGAUUUUUAUUUCAUCAA